CAGCAGCAAACCAUUCCCAAGGCUCACCAGAGCUUGAUCAGAGAAGCCUUUCAACCUUCUUUCAGUGGUGUUAGACUGUUGCUUCCUUCCCUUGUCCAGCGGUUGCUUCCACCUCGAUCUGCCUUGUGCUUUUCGCCUCUGGCAUCCUUUGGUGUGUAGCGUCUGGGUUUGAGCGUCUUACGUGAUCGGGACAGAGUAGAUUCCUGAUCGAUAGAAACGGUUAUUUAUUCCCAGUGUGGGCAGGAUACGGUCUCCUUGCCAUGAGCCCGAACGUAGCCACGAUACCGAGUACGAACGUCCAGAACGGCAUGGACGGAUCGGACCCCAAAAGCACGGUCGUUCGCCGAAGCGCCGGUCAAGCCGUUCAGGACGAGUUUAAAGACGGCUUUAAAUACACCCCGCAAGACGCUGAAAACGAGGCCGAGUUAACUAAGCGUCUGGAGAGCGACGGCAUGGAGAUCCGCGAUAUGGUGAAACCACGGCCGAUGCGUUUAUCGGAUCUGCUCAUCGUGUACUGCUACCACAUGAUUCCGUUCACGCUUAUGCCCAUCGUCAACACCCUCCUCAACUUCUAUUUCGCCUACCAACUGCUCGGCUGGUGGGGUCCCCUCAUUGCAACGAUCGUUCUCCUCAUCCUGGCGGUGUGCCCGCCCUACUACAACCGCUCCAUUCGCCGCCGCCUCGUCUUUCUGUACGAGGCCCUGGCAUAUUACAUGAAGCGAGUGCGCUACAUCGCGCCCAAGGACCUCAUCCCCGAUACUGCGUACAUCUACGCGUUCCAUCCGCACGGCCGGAUGUUCUACACCAACACCAUGAUGAUUCAGACCAACUACGAGUGGAGAAAAAACUUCUGCCCCAAAGGUGACUUCUUUGCCGGAGCAGCCGCGGGGUUCUACUCUGUGCCUGUGCUGCGCAACCUGCUGUACCUGCUAGGCACCAUGCCCGCCAGCGAAUCUAACAUUCGGAGAGAGCUGAGGCAGAAGAACCAUGUAGCCAUUGUGAUUGGUGGCCUGAAAGAGGUGUGCCUUGGCACCACUUCCCACACCGACACACUCUAUCUUAUGAAGCGGAAGGGGUUUGCACGCAUAGCCGUGCAGGAGAAGGUGGGCGUCAUCCCCAUCUACUGCUUCAACGAGAACCAGCUCUUCAAGCAUGACCCGGUGUGGUUCCUUCAGUUCUGGGAGAAGGUCAACCGCCACGUGAACAUCGGGGUGCCCUUCAUGAGGGGCGUCUGGAACCUCACUCUGCCAUUCCGAAAGGAUCUACUGGUGGUUGUGGGCAAGCCACUGUUCCCAGAGGAGGGAGAGUCCGUGGACGACUUUCAUGCUCGCUAUGUUACCGCCAUCACUCAGCUCUUCCAUAAGUAUGUUGGGCUCUCGGCGCAGCCCAACCAGAAGUUGGUCAUAGUGUGAGUUCACUUAGGUUCAUAAAAGUUGAUACGACCAUACCUACGUAGACUAGGCCUUGUUUGAUUAUAUUUCGGCUCCUGCUGUAUGGAUGAAAGUGGCGUAGAGCCAGAAGCUGGUACUCGUGCUAUGGCUAGAUUUAUGUUUCCUUAAUAUAAAUGUGAUGUUAGUUAGCUUAAAAAUUUGUGGGGCUCAUUCAGUAUCCCC